GAUCAAAUCUAAGUCGUUGUGGUUUCCGAGGCUCUUCAUACCUGGGUAUUCCAUUCAACCCAUCAAAGGGUCCUGGAACAGCUCAUCCUUAUGAUAGUGGCCACAUAGCAAUGACCUACACUGGACUUUCGUGCUUAGUUAUUCUUGGAGAUGACCUAAGCCGCGUAAACAAAGAAGCUUGCUUAGCAGGCUUGAGAGCCCUGCAGCUGGAAGAUGGAAGUUUUUGUGCAGUACCUGAAGGCAGUGAAAAUGACAUGCGAUUUGUAUACUGUGCUUCCUGUAUUUGCUAUAUGCUCAACAACUGGUCUGGUAUGGAUAUGAAAAAAGCCAUCAGCUAUAUUAAAAGAAGCAUG